AUGAAUGGAAAACGAAGCUUCAACUUUCACAAAUAUGCUCAGCAUAUUUUUUCAGCAAUAAUACUUGCUAAGCUCUAUGGGAAAAGUUUCAAAAAGAAACUUAUAUUUGGAGAUUUAGAAGAAGAAAUACCUAAUUCUUUCUAUUCAUUUUUAUUUCUUUUAACUAAAUAUAGUCGUAACGUAAAUACAUCCCACAUCAUUCACUAA